GGGAAAACACCAAGAGAAGGAAAGCGAAAUUAACUCAAGCAGAAUCAAUGCAGGUUUCAUCUCUUGCAAUUCCUCGGCUCGCUACGGACAGGCAUUCGGGUUGACCGAAUUGAACCGGGCCAAGUUUUUUGCACCUUCAAAGUUCCUCCUUAUCUCACUCCCCAAUUUUGCCUCCUUGCUUUUUCCGGUUCGUGUUACGUGUUUACUUACCAUUUUCAGUAUUUUAAUUUUGAUUACUCUAAUUAAUCUGAGUACUUUAAUGUUGUGACGUAAUAUAGAAAUAUAGUACAUUAUUACAAAGUAAUGGAGUAUUAAUUACAAUCAAUCUCUCACAUCUCACAUCUCCUUAUCGACGUAUUCACACGAUUUCUUUCGGUCCUAAUUAUAUGCACUACUCCAUUCAUUUCCAUUUAAAUGCUUUACUUACUUUUUUUUUUUCAAGUUAAACAUAUAAAUUUUAACUAAAAUUUAAAAAUAUAUUUUCUAAUCAAGUUGAAAAAAUAGAAGUUACAAUUUAUAAUAUCUUUUAUAUAAUUUUUAAAUAUCUAAAUUUUAAUUUUAAAAAGUUUUAGAUUUCAAUGCGGGCACCGAACAUAUCAAUGAGAAAUCAAAAGGAAUGUAUAUAAGAAAAUUAUGAUGUUUAGAAACAAAACAUUUUGGAGCGGUAAAACCAAGAGAAGCGCCAUUUCUCUCUUCUCCAAUUAAUAUUUUCCGAUCAUCCUCUCCAUUAAAAUACCCAAAUUACCCUGGUAAAACCAAGAGAAAGCGCCAAGAAAACGAAGAAAAUGGAGAAAGUGAAAGCUUUUCUUGAAUUAACCCAAGCAGAAUCGGACCGGGUUUCGUCUCUAACCUUUCCUCCUCACCGGUUCGGUUCCGAGUGUAGCUUCUAUGAGUAUUAUGCGCUUAGAGGUAUCCGGGUUGACCGAGUUGAACCGGGUCAAGUUUUUUGCACCUUCAAAGUUCCUCCUCGUCUCACUGAUAGAGAAGGGAAGCUAGCAUCUGGUGCCAUUGCCAAUCUAGUUGAUGAGGUCGGGGGUGCAGUAGUCUACGUGGAAGGUCUCCCGAUGAAUGUAUCAGUGGACAUGUCGAUUUCAUUUCUUUCAACUGCUAAGGCUGAUGAUGUGUUGGAGAUCAUUGGUCGAGUCUUGGGUCAGAAAGGAGGUUAUUCUGGAACGAGUGUAAUUGUGAAAAAUAAAACGACUGGGGAACUCAUUGCUGAGGGGCGACAUUCAUUAUUCGGUAAACAUGCUAGUAAAAUGUGAAGUAAUUUCUAACAACCAAGAUGCUUCUUUGAAGAUGUGGUUCAGUUUCCAGUUUCUGGAUCAUAUGUAAUGCUUCUUUUUUAAAAAUCAGUAUGGUGCACAGUUUUUUCUCAUGCUGUGAUAGUAUUGAGCAGCAUUGUAUCUGUUAGGAACAAGUCCGAUGUAAAUAUUUGCUUGUUAAUGGAGGUGGAUACAAAGAUUUUCAUU